GCUUGUUUCGGAUUUAUUCGUGUAGUUUUACAGUUCAUCAGAUAAUCUCGUAAUGUGAUUUAAACAGUUUAAUUAUUUUAAUGUGACAUGUGCGCAAAAAUGGAGUUUAUUCACAAAUUUGCGAUUUUAAUUUUAUUCGGCAUCGUAAAUGUCGGUGAAGGCCAGGACACAUUCUAUUUUAACCAGAAACCCACAGACCAAGUUGUCGUUGAAGGUACAGAAAUAACGCUCUGGUGCGACGUGUCCAAUCGACGACAUAUUCAGUUUCAAUGGAUGCACAAUACAAAAGUGAUAACAAACACAAGUCGGCGUUUUCAGGACGGAAGUAAUCUUAGGAUUUUACGUGUUACGCGUGAAGACGAUGCAGGACCGUUUCAGUGUAUCGCAACAAAUGUUACGACAGGAUUCUCGCUUCAGAGCGGUGAGGCAGCGCUCGAAAUUCAAUGGAUCGACCCUAUUGCAAUAGUUGAGCUGUACCGAACCCAACAGGAGGACAUCGCACUCGGUGCCGAUCUUCAGCUGCGAUGCGAAAUUACGGGAAAUCCAGAGCCCUCGUAUUACUGGUACCAGAAUCAAUUCAGGGUAUUUAACAAGGACAAUGUGAAGAUAAUUGACAAGGGGACACGACUGCGCAUCAACAACGUAACGGCCAGCGAUAAUGGCGUCUACUCGUGUAGGGCGGAAAACUUGGCGGGAACAAUUGACAGUAGCAAAAACUUUCUCCUGAAUGUACAAGCACUGAAUACGCCUCAUCUGAUUGAAGAAAAUUUUACGCAAAAGUUGCUGGUCAUGAAGAAUGCUGAGGCCCGCCUCGACUGCCCAUUUAUAAAUGCCACUAAAAUAGAGUGGUUCGCUAACUAUGAGAAACUGUACAAUAACACACGACACACCGUGUUCAGCAAUGGUUCCCUGUAUUUUCCGAAGGUUCGCAAGUCAGAUGAGGCAGGGUACCGUUGUGAAGGCCUCUCGAGUCUUACAGAUAUUCCCGCCCAGACGUUCACCUCUGAACUCUUUAUUGCAUAUCUCGAGGAUUUCAAUGUGAACUCCUUCGAGCCCCGUCUGGUCCCCAGCUUUCCGAUGGUGGUUGCUGUUCAUAAGGAGUUUACGGUGAAGGCAUUUCCUGUAGAUGGGAAACCGGAACCAUCGUUUAGAUGGUUGAACAAGAAUGACAUGCCCAUUGCUGACCAGGGUGCUAUUCGCAUGGAAGGGAGUAACCUCCAUUUUGAAGACCCGCAGCAGAUCGAUUCAGGAAAUUACACAUUCAUCGUCAACAACACGGCGGGCGAAAAACGUCAAAGCGUAUGGAUAAUAGUUUCCGUUCCACCAGUGAUACGACGCGGCCCCGUGACACAGGAAGUGUCCGAAGGUGGGGACGUGGAAUUUACGUGCCAGGUGUCCGGAACGAAGUACCCCGUUACAACUGUGAUUUGGAAAAAAGACAACGAAUACAUUAAACUGGGUUCGUCACGUCACUACAUCAACCAGGAGACGGGCCAUCUUCAGAUCGCCAUGGUAAACAUGGAUGAUGAAGGAGAGUACUUUUGUAUCGCCCAGACGACUGGACAGAAACUUGUAGAGUCUUACCCAGCAAGACUUAGAGUGAAAAGAAAAUUAAAAUUCAACCCAGUACCUCGUAGCUCAAGCAUCGAGCUAAACUCUGAUGCGGAAGUCCAUUGUAACGCGGAGGCCGAGGUAAACCCCAAAGUUCGCUGGAUUAAGGGCACCAUGGAUCAUCCAGAUCUCACGCUAAGCAGCCAUAUUAUCGAUGCUGAUGGGACGUUAUAUUUCCGCGGAGUAAAACGAUCAGACGAGGGACCAUAUACAUGUGUAGCUGUUAUACAUAAUGGGGCCACUCAGGAAAUCAAUAAAACUAUAAAUAUUUUUGUUGUUGAGCGUCCACGGUUCCAACGUCAACCAUUCAACACGACAGCAUACGAGGGUCAUUCUAUGAUGCUUCACUGCGUAGCUACCGGAGUCCCACGCCCUGGUAUCUUCUGGGAGAAAAAUCGCAUACCCGUCAUCAAUCUCGAUAAAAAACGAUUCACUGUUUACCCGAACGGUACCCUCCUAAUCUCCAAGGUGUAUAUGGAAGACCAGGGAACAUGGACGUGUAUCGCCAACAACACGGCAGCAACAAUAAAUGCCGCAGCAUACAUGCAUGUUGCAAGUGAGUCGGAGUUCGCAAACCAGGGUGAAGGGGAAGAGGAGGGAUUCGACAUGAUGCGGACUGUUAUUAUCGCUGUGUGCAGCGCGGGCGCGUAUCUUGCGCUCGUUAUCGGGCUGACUGCGUACUGCAGCUACAGACUUCUGCUACAGCGAAGGAACAGGAAGGCGAUACUGAACAAUGAAAAGCAGAACGGAAACUUACCGCAGGAACAACACGAGCUGUUGAUGAAAGAGCGAGACCGUGACUCCGGAGCAACCCCUGGUUGCCGUAGUGACAGUGACAAUAGGUCACAUGUCUCAGCCCUGAGUUCUCAUCCAUCACACUCGUCACAUUCAGCAUCACACACGCAGUCCCAGAAUCUCUCACAGCAGUCUCAACGAAGUGUCGGGAAAACCUCCCUCGAUAGGUUACAGUUUCCAAGACAUGAGUUACAGACUGUGGGCAUUCUUGGGAAAGGUCAGUAUGGCGAUAUCUUUCUCGGUAGAGCUCGCAACAUUCGUCCAGGCGAGAUCGAGACCCAAGUAUGUGUAAAAUCACUACUUUCAAAAGAGGACCAUCACUUCUACGAGUUUCAGCGGGAAGUGGAAUUGUAUUCCCGCCUCGAUCACAACAAUGUCAUCAAGUUGCUUGGGGUUUGCCGGGAAAUAGAGCCCCAGUUUUACAUUGCAGAAUACUGUGAUUGGGGGGACCUUAAACAGUUUUUACUGGCCUCACGUGUAGACAACAAUGGCAGGCGUAAAAUACCGCCUCUUGUUAUUCUACAAAAAAUUGGGAUGUGCAAUCAGGUUGCCCUCGGGAUGGAACAUCUAUCAAACAACAGAUUCGUUCACAGGGACCUUGCUUCACGUAAUGUGCUACUCACUUCUCGUUUAGAGUUGAAAAUCUCUCACAUGGCGUUGGUUAGAGACAUGUACGCUAGUGAAUAUGUGAUAAUGAGCAAUCAGACGAUGCUUCCUCUGCGGUGGUUAUCGCCAGAGGCCGCUUUAGAGGCAGACUAUUCGACAAAAAGUGACGUUUUUGCCUAUGGUGUGUUUUUGUGGGAGGUGCUUCAUUUAGCGGACUUGCCCCACAAGAAUAAGUCAGAUGACGAGUUGUUAAAGGGGAUGAGGAAUGGGGACGCAAGUCUCGAGUUUUCCGAACACUGUCCUAGUGAAAUGGUUGAACUCGCACAACGUUGUAUGGCGGAGAGUCCAAAAGACCGUCCAAGUUUUACGGAAAUUUGUCACACAGUCUCCGAGCUAGUGCACGUGUACUCACAGCCCCAGUAUCAGAACCCUGUGACAGAGCCCGUGGGCUCCGGCUCCAUUCCAGCUCUUUCGUCAUAUGCGGCACAUGGUCCACAUAGCUCGUACACAACUUAAAAGUGUUCACAUGUUUUAAACAUGAAAAGUGUAUUCAUUUAAGGCCAAUUAGAACUAACGAUUUGGUUUCACAGGCACCGCUGCAAUUAAUUUUAAGGCAACAUGAAUCCUUUGUCAAAUAUAAAAUAAAUAAAGUACUAUUACCCCAUAGAUCCCAUAUGAAGCUUAUUUGUAACAAAAUUUUAUUUUUUUGGGUUUCAUAUCACUUGGUUUAAAGUACAUUUAACAUUCAUAAAUGAAAAAAGAGUAAUAUGGAAAAAUAAGCCAUAAAAUAAGAAAAGUACUGGCACCUUCCUUGAUUGCUUAUGUGUCUGAGAAACUAAAUGUGAUUAUUCUUAGCCUUAUUCACCUAAAUUGUGAUUAUUGCCUUACAGGCAAUGUACCGUAACUAUGGUAACUGCUGAGUGUUGACUGUCACUUCAACUGCUGAUUGUUGACUGUCACUUCAAAGACUUUUUUUUAAAUGUACUCCAGUCAGCAUUAAGAAAAUGUAUGACUUUAAAAUGUUUAAUUGUUAGCCAGUUCAUGACAUGUUGAAUGUUGUCUCAUUGUGUUUUUUGAAGGACGAUCAUACAUGUAGGUGUAGAGUUUGCUUCUCCAGAACAUCAAGCCCUUGAACGAUAUUAUAAUAGAAGCGGUAUGCUUAGAUAAUUCGCUAUGUCUAAUUGCCAAAUUAAUACAACAUUAAGAUGUUAGUACUGAAAUAAAUGUCUUGUUGUAAAUUGGAUAAAUACAUAUCAACAUUAAGAGAAACAUUCGUAAUCAUAAGUAAAGGUUUUUUUACGACAUAUUACAAAGCCACACUUAGCAUUAUGGAGCUGAGAUUUAGCAAAAUUGGUGUAAUUUCGUUCAAGUAUUUGAUGUUUUUAGAUGAACACUGUUUGUUUAAAUCCUGUCCAUGAUUUCCUCGAGAAAAUUGUGAUCUGUUAACUCUUCUGUGUAUCUUCAUUUUAUUUGCUCAUCAAAAUUUAUAGCCCUUUUAUUAUAGUUGCAAUUUUUGCGGCUGAAACAAUCUGAUUUUUUUUUAACCAAGGAUAAUAACGUUUAUCUAGAUGUAUGGAUAUUUUUGUUGAUGAUCACUUCAUUUCAACUUUAUUCUCACAUCAUUUUCUAGAAUUCCCGCUCAGGGCACUAAAAACCUGUCAUUAGAGAUUAUCUUUCGAAAGCCCUUGAACACUCAACAUAAUUGGAAGAUCAUCUUUUUAGUUAUUCAAUUAUAAUCUAUGUUCAGUUUCAUAAUUGCCACACAACUCUUACGAUAAUGAAGAAAUUGCAUAAUAACUCUGAAUCAAUGUUUUUUUGUUGUCUGGGUAGAAUGGCAGACACAUCUGGAUUGUGUUGUCCAGCAGCGAGGUGUUGCAGCAACGUCACACUUUCAUUUUCACUCUCUUAUUUCGACAUUUCUUCUCCAAUCUUCACAAAAUUUGGCAGCAAUGCUUAUUGUUAUAUGAUGAUUUCAUGCAAAUCAAUAUGUAAAACAAUAAUUCGAAGGAGAUCAGUGUUUGUUUACCAGUCAGAUCACUAUUGUCACUCUGAAGUUAUGGCCCUUUAAUUGUCAAAAUAAUGGGCCAUUGACAUUUACCAUGGUCUGGGUAUCAUGAUUUCAUCCAAAUCAAUAUGUAAAACAAUGACGAGAAGGAAACAGUCAGAUCACUCUUCAGUAUUUUCACUCCAGAGUUAUGGCCCUUUUAUUUUCAAAAUAUGGGUGCUCCCCUCAGGUGUCAUGCUUGAUUUGCAGUGUUCUAGUUGAAAUGAACAAACCAUUUUACUCCAACCUUAUUAUUUCAUAUUUUUAUCGUUUGUAAUUUACAUCAAUAUUUUACCUUCUUGGCAUUUAAUGUCGACAUUUUAGUGCUGUUGCAUUGACUUUUAUAAGAUUCUUUUGAAUCAUAUAUCAGAACAUGAGUAUUUCCAUUUGUUUUAUUUCAGCUCGAUGAUAUUAUUACCUUGAUUUAUUUUUCCACCCUAUGUAACGAGAAAUAUUCAUUUAUGUUCUCUCGUAUGAUAACAUGUUUAUGUUCAUUUUUUUUAUUUUUCAACUCUGUAUUACUAAUAAUCAUGACACUAGUCAAGUCAUUUGAAAUCCAUUUUUAGCUUGUCUGUUGUUUUUUUAAAAAAAAGGCGAGAUAUAUCAUAGCCAUUUUGUGGUUGUCGGCUUCAAAUCUCAACAUGAAAAAAUUUGAACCUGAGCCAUAGUUCAAAAUUUGUUUAAGAUAUUCAAAUGAAACUUAGUACACACCUUGCUCUUGACAGUUCACCCAUUUAUAGCAACUCUCAUAACUUUGGUUUAAUUAUUUAUAAUGCCCCUUGUCUAAUUCAAGAACACAGACAAGCAUUUGCGUUCCCUCAGCGGUACUCUUGGUUUCUUGCAUCUGAAUACAUUCAUUACUUCAUUUAUUUUUGCUGCAUUUAAUUUUGGCCAUACCAUAUCGUUUGCUCAUAUGUUAUGUAAUCUACAACCAUGUUUCAUUAUUGGGUCGUCUUUGAAGCAUAGUGGACAUACAGGGAGUACUAUGUCCAGCAACUGUGUUGGCUACAUAUCUCUUGUUUCGAGUAAAAACUUUACAGUGACUUGUUGUAGACUCUUCAAACUUGGUAUAUACAUUGGUCAUGGUCAGUUUAUUCUUUUAAGAUAGUCAAUAAUAAGUCAAUGGUCAAGAACAUGGUGACCAGAGCUAGAAAAAUGAUAGGCCCUUUGGAAAGGCCACAUAUGCACGGAAAUCUAGUAUAAUCUAUAUUGUUAAAUAAGCAGUUUUGUACAUUUUUGCAUUAAGUUUAUUUUAAUGGUUUAGGAGGAAUUUUGUUACUUAUUUUUUUUUUAUAAUGAAAUGAGGUUUUAACUUUGAUAUCAAUAUCUUCAAUAUUGCUUUGUUCUGUCAUAAAAAUGUUUAUAUGUAAAUAGGUAUGUACUUGUUAAUAUAAUUAUAUAAUUUUCAUUGUUUGUCAUUUUAUUUAUAAAAGAUAUAAAUAAUUCUUUCUCAGUUUCUGUAUCAUGUAUUCUGUAUGCAUUUAAUGCUUUGUUGGUGUAAAAAGUCAAAUUAUUAUUUGCUUAAAUGAUAAAGUUCUAUUAUCAAUGGCAAAAAAGUAGCUUCAUUUUUUUUUUGCUUCGAAGAUUUGCAUAUAAUUAGCACAUGUUCUUAAUUCUGAAAAUAAGACCAAUGUCAUGAAAAUAUAAUUGUAUGUCAUUUUUUUGCAGGAAAGUUGGGAAUUCUAUUAUACCCAAUAAAAAUAAAUCAUUUAGUAUGCUUGCUUAUGUGCUUUGUUAUGAAAAAAGUAAUGGUGAUUUUUGUAUAAUUCGUAAAUUUUUACAAGAGGCCUAUGGCAUUACUCUAGCAAUUUACAUGAAAUGUAACAAAAAGUCUGGUGAAACCUUAUGAAAUCAUUGAUUCUUGUAUCAUCUUUCUAUUCCAGUAUCUCAAUAACAUUUCUAUUUGACAGAAGUGAACAAUUUAUGAAUGAAAUAUAAUAUUGCAAGACUUGUUCUGAUUGUAUUGCUUGAUGUAAAUGUAGAAAUCUUUACUGGCAAUCUGGGAGAGCAAUAUUUCCAAUAUUAUUGUCCGAGCUGCAAUGUUUAAAAUAGAUUUGUUUGUGGCUGUAUGAAUGUAUGAAACUUUGGUUUAAACAUUUGCCAUCGGUCGAUCAUAGUAAGGUUGCAUGUAUUACAUAUGUUCCUGUAAUGGGCGAUUGUUUUUCAUAUUGUUUACAAUGGAUGUUAAAAUAUUUCGGUGCUUUAAUGUUAUAAUAGUAACUAGCUUGUCAGAAGUAAAUUAUUUAAAGUGA